UGGAACGGGGGCAGCAGCAGCUGAAAUACGUCGCUCGCGUUGCUUUGCUCGGGCUCACGCGAACGAGGAGAGGAAAAAAAAAAACAGAGGGGGUCUCGAGAAGGAGAGGCGACAAAAAAACUUGGACAGGGGAGUUGAGGAAAGUGAGAGAUGCAGUGAAGAACAACUGGAACAUCUCAGGUCUAAAGUCAACGCUCACCAACAAGUGGAGGAUGCAGUCUCGCACUCAGGAGCAGCCAUUGGCCCUUACCACGGUCAAGUCAUACACUUCGACCAAUGGGAAAGAAGAAGCGGUGAAUACAGAUGCAGAUUCCAUGGAGGAGGAGGCAGACUUUAACUGGGAGGAGUACAUGGAGGAGACGGGGGCAAACGCCGCCCCUCACACCACCUUCAAACAUGUGGAGAUCAGCCUGCAGAGCAGCUUCCAGCCCGGUAUGAAGCUGGAAGUGGCCAAUAAGAGCAGCCCGGACACGUACUGGGUGGCCACCAUCAUCACCACGUGUGGCCAGCUGCUGCUGCUGCGCUUCAGUGGCUACGGCGAGGACCGCAAGGCCGACUUCUGGUGUGAUGUCAUGACCGCCGAGCUGCAUCCGGUGGGCUGGUGCGCCCAGAACAACAAGACCCUCAUGCCCCCUGAAGAUAACAUUUACCUAAGAAAAGCCAUCAGGGAGAAAUACAGCGACUGGACAGAGUUCCUGGUCCAGGACCUGACUGGCUCCAGGACGGCUCCGGCCAACCUGCUGGAGGGGCCUCUGAGAGGUAAGAACACGGUGGAUCUGAUCGUCGAGGGCUCGGCCCUGGAGCUUCAGGACGUCUCGGAUCCUUUCCGGUACUGGCCUGUCAGAGUCAUCCAGAACAUCGGAGGGAGACUACGCUUGCGCUAUGCCGGUCUCUCCGAAGACCACAAGGAUCAGGACGCCUGGUUGUUCUACCUGGAUGUCAGGCUCCGGCCCCUCGGCUGGGCCACGGAGAACCGUCUCGCCUUAGAACCGCCCAUAGAGCUCAUGUCUCUGAAAAGCGCCCCCGACUGGCAGCAGGCUCUGGAGGACGCUCGACUCGAUGGACAGAAGAGUCCUCUGCCGCUCGAGGUGUUCAAGGACCACGUAGACCUGCCCAAGCACUCCUUCAAGAUGGGGAUGAAGCUGGAGAUGGUUUCUCCUUGGGAGCAGCUCCAGAUCUGCCCUGUUUCUGUCACCAAGGUCUACAAUGACACCUACUUCCAGGUCACACUGGAUGAUCUCUGUGUUGACACUAAGCCACGGUCAGUGGUGUGUCAUGCCAACUCACCUGGCAUCCUGCCCGUCCAGUGGUGUCUGAAGAACGGCGUGGGUCUGGAGAGGCCCCGUGGCUACGAGGGCCAGGACUUCGACUGGGCCGACUACCUGAAGCAGAGCGGGACCGAGGCUGCUCCUGACGCCUGCUUUCCUGAUACAUGGCAGGACAGAGCCUUUGCCAAGGACAUGUGGCUGGAGGCAGUGAACCCUCACCGAUUGGUGGAGGUGUGUGUGGCUCAGAUCACGCAGGUCAGAGGACGCCUGCUGUGGCUCCGACUGGAAGGUGUGGCGAAGCCCCUGUCAGAGUGUAUCGUGGACGUCGAGUCCAUGGACAUCUUCCCUGUCGGCUGGUGCGAGGCCAACGCUUACCCUCUGACCCCUCCACUCAAACCUGUCUGCCAGAAGCAGAAGAAGAUAGCUGUGGUCCAGCCAGAGAAACAGUUGGCUCCGUCCCAGCCGGCAGAGAUGACUCCUGUCAACCACUGCCAGCCCGUCGCCAUGGAUCCAGGCUCAGCCAAUGGCAGAUACUGCUGCUCCAAGAUUUUUGUCAACCACCGCUGUUUCUCAGGACCCUACCUCAACAAGGGACGUAUUGCAGAGCUGCCGCAGGCUGUCGGACCCGGAAAAUGCACGCUGGUCCUCAAAGAGCUGCUGAGCAUGCUGAUCAACGCCGCCUACAAGCCUGGACGAGUCCUGAAAGAGCUUCAGGAGCUGGAGGAUCAGAGCUGGGACUGCCAAGAGGAGACCCUCAAAGCCAAAUAUAAAGGGAAAACCUAUCGCUCCACUAUCCGGAUAGUCCGCCUGGCAGACCAGAUCCCGGACUUCUGCCGUAAGGUGUGCGUGAAGCUGCAGUGCUGCCCGAACCUCUUCAGCCCAGUGCUCGUCACCGACAAGUGCCCGGAGAACUGCUCCGUUCAGACAAAAACCAAAUACACCUAUUACUAUGGGAAGAAGAGGAAGCUGUCCAAGCCGACGGGAGGAGAGGAGACAGCAGAGGGAGAGCUGGCCAAGCCGACGCGCCGCAGGAAGAAGAGGAAAGCUAUCUUUGUGCAGAAGAAAAGACGCUCGUCCGCUGUGGACUACACUCCUGCUGGCUCACCGCAGGACAGCGAUGAGGGGGAGGAGGAUGAAGAGAUGGCGUUGCAGUCGGGCAGUGAAGGCAACAGCUCGGAGCCUCGUGAGGACCACACCGACGCCUCCUCCGUGGAGGUGACCAGCAGCCGACCUCGCCGGGCCGCGGUGCUGCGCAGGGCCGUCAGCAUGGGAAACCCCGCGGGCAGCCAGGAGGCCCCCGAGGGCCGCAGGAGGUCGACACGCUCGCUGUCAGCCUACAGCCAGAGCAACAAGUAUCAGCCGCCCAAAGGACAAGACAUGCAGGUGGAGGAGGAAGAGGGUCAGCUGGUCUUGGACAGAAACCCUCUGGAGUGGACGGUGGACGAAGUCGUUCAGUUCAUCAACUCUACUGACUGUGCGUCCCUGGCAAACAUCUUCCAGGAGCAGGACAUCGACGGUCAGGCCCUGCUGCUGCUGACUCUGCCCACAGUCCAGGAGUGUAUGGACCUGAAGCUCGGUCCUGCCAUCAAACUGUGUCACCAGAUAGAGCGUGUCAAGGUUGCCUUUUACAGACAGUACGCCAACUGAUCCAGGAGCAGCAACAGCAAGCCGGCCGCCAAACACCCGGUCGGCGAAGAGGACGUGGACGUGUUGGUGCACGACGUGGACGUGUUGGAUUAGCCGCGUCCUGGUGGAAAACUUUGGACAUUUGGCAUGAUGGAGUUUCUGCAGAUUUCCAACCUGCAAGAAGAAGGAAUAUUUUUAACGGGCAGCUGCACUGGAAAAGCAGAAACUAAGCAAAAACAAACUGAAUCAGCUGAGUUCAGUUAAGUUGAAGGAUUAAUAUCUGGGGUUCCCCCUGGUGUGAAAGCGCGAUGCAGUACCCACAUAAACUACAAACGAAACACAUCGGAGUGGAUCCAUGUGCUUCACUGAUCUGUGAAGAAGUCAUUUUCAGAAGCUGAGGACUCGUUUCUGAGGAGUUUUAUGUUUAUUUCUUACUUUUCAUUCCCAUUUUAUUUGUGAUAAAGGAGCAUUAUAGCAUUUAAGUUAAAAUAAUUAUUGACCAUAAAGACUUUUCCCCAUUUUUGUGUGACAUAAUUGGUUCUGAAAAAAAUAUAAUUGAAAAGUAUUUAACAACCCGAGAAGUAAUAUAUUUGGAAUAUUUAUUGCGACCCUUAUUUAUAAGGAGAGGAAAGAAUUGAAACGUUAUAAUGUCAACAUCAACUCCUUCUGCUGAAACAAGACAUUAAGGAUGUAUAAGUUAUUUCACAACAGGAACCACAAUGUGCAUCUGUUUAGAUUCACACCUCAGUUUCUGGUCAUAGAGGAAAAAAAAAAGUGCCCUGUGUGUCGUUUGAGAGAAAAACAGCCUCCAAAACACUUCGAACCCAGUUGUGUUCUCAUCGUUACAAUCACAUGAAACAAUCACGUAAGCUAUUUUGUGUCCAUCUAUGCAAAGGUGUUGCAGAUAUUUUUGAUAAGUAAGAAAAUAAAUUUCUAUUGAUUUUUA